UUCCUUUCUCCAGCUUAUAAAAGCAACGGGCAUGUCUUUUGUUCGGGUUCAGUAGGUACAGAUGCUGCUGGAAAAAUUCCAACUGAUGUUAAACUACAAACUGAGAUUGCCAUUAAAAACCUCGAGGGUGUGUUGAAAGCUUCAGGCUCAUCACUUGAUAGGGUGCUGAAAGUUCUUUUGUUCGUUGCACACCCAGCAGAUGCUGCUAAGGUCAAUGAAGUUUAUGCCAAAUAUUUCACUACCAAACCAUCCAGAAGUUGCAUUGUUGUUGGUUUCCCAAACCCUGAAAUUAAGGUCGAAUUAGAAUGUGUUGCUGAGUACAAGGAAAUCAAAUCUAAA